AGUUGCUUCGCGAUUAUCGACGGAGUAGGUAGAGCCCUUUGAAUUGAAAAUAAGCGACAAACGCGCUCUUUCGCGUAGUGUUUGCGUAUUUGUUUUAAAACUUUUUGCACAAAUUUGGAUUUCUAUUUGGAAGUUUAAUAGAAACGUUAACGAGGAGAUAUCUUAAUAUCAGCACUCUUAACAGUGGAGCGGUGAAAUAAAAUGUGCCAAAUAUCUAGUGCUGGAAUAGAAAACUCAUAAAAACAGGCGUCAACAUUAAAGUGUUUUGAUUUAACAUUCUAAAGUGCCGGGUUUAUUCUUAAACACUACAUUGUGAUCAUUAAAUUUAUUGAACUGAGUGAAUUUAAAGAACUUAAAGACAAUGCUUUCGUCCCUAUCAACACUGGUGAUUCUUCAGGCUUUUCUAUUGCAAGGAUUUCUGCAGGCCAACAUCAAAGCUGAUUCCUCUACUUUACCGACAUUCCAAACGUCGAGUCAAGUGUUUAAGGUCACCGAUAAGGACACUGUUGUGUUACCCUGUGAAGUGUCCAAUGCUGGUCCCUAUAAACUAGUUUGGAAAAAAGGAAUAGCUGUUCUAUCGGCAGGGAACGUGAAAGUGACUCCCGAUACACGCGUCAAUUUGGUACACGGAUAUAGUUUGGAGAUCAAAAAUGUGGGCCCUCAAGAUGCUGGAGACUACGUAUGUCAAAUAGGUACUCUCGAACCAAGAGAAAUCACACACACCGUUGAAAUACUCGUUCCUCCUCGAAUACACUAUGUUACUUCAAACGGUCGCGUUGAAGUGAAAAAAGGUUCUUCUGUGAAACUCGAGUGCAAAGCAUCGGGAAAUCCGCCCCCGAAAGUGACAUGGUCGCGAAAAAACAACCUUUUACCGGACGGUGUGCAGACGGCCGUGACCCCCGUUCUGAGCCUCGACAGGGUUGACCGCCAUCAAGCCGGAGUUUAUCAGUGCACCGCUAAUAAUGGAGUUGGCGAAGAUGUUUCCGAACAGAUUGUACUUCAUGUUUUAUAUCCUCCUGAAAUCUCAGUGGAGAGACCUGUUGUUCACACUGCGGAAGGUUUUGAGGCUCAACUUGUCUGCAUUGUUCAUGGAGAAAGUCAACCAGAAGUCCUAUGGUACAGAGACACGAUGCAACUAGACACAACAGAAAGAAGAAUAAUGGAGUCACGCGGCUCACGGCAUACACUCGUGAUUCGUAAAGUGCACAGAUCAGACUUCGGAAAUUACACUUGCGUGGCAGAUAAUCAACUGGGGAAAACAAGAAAAAGCGUCCAAUUAACCGGUAAACCGAAUCCAGCAAAAUUUAGUAGCGCUUCAAGAGGAUCCUGGAAGGAUAGUUAUAAUAUUAGUUGGGCAGUUGAAUCGCUAAGUCCAAUUGAAGAAUAUAAAUUGCUUUUUAGAAGAUUACCAGACUCUGGUACGUCUGAAGAUGGACAUCCUCAACCACUUCACCAUCAGAGUCAAAGAAAAUUUGGAUUAGGAAAAGAAAAUAAGACGUACGCAUCGGUUGGUUACAGCGUAGGCUACGGUUAUGGACGACAAUUCGUGGACAGACGAACAGAUUGGAGAGAUGUUAUUCUUCCCGCUGCCCCUACUCAAUCUCCCGGAGUUCAAUCUAUGAGCUAUGUAAUUCGGGGAUUAGAAUCCGGACAAAAUUACGAAGCCAAAGUUCAGGCAAGGAACAAAUUCGGAUGGAGUCCCAUUUCUGAAGCAUUCACAUUCCAAACGACUGAUACUGAUAUGAGCUAUCCAGAUCGGCCGCAAUCUCCAAAGCACGUUUAUAAUGAACAUGACAUCCACCAGGAAAUCUUGGGAAUAUCACUCAACACAGCUACAGCUUCUUCUUGUUCAUACGAAAUUCUUAUUCUAUCGAUGGUUUCCAUUAUGUUCUAUAAAUUUAUUUCUUAAGAUGUGUAUGUGCUCUUAGAUUACAGAAAGUUAUUAUUCGUCAAAGAAUAAGAAACAAUGAAAAGUACGAAGAUAUAUCCAAUUUUUUAAUUAAUUGUAAUUGUUACAUAAACAAUGGACACCCGGUAAUCCGACAAGCGUUUUUCGGGUACAGUACUUUCUAAUCCGACAAAUUACGGAUCCAAUGAUGAGAUUCUUAUUUUAGUUCUCAUUCGGAUUGUUUGUUUAUAGGAUACGAAUAUUUUGUUAGGUAGCAUACGCCAAAAAAGCCCUAAUUCAAACCUCUCUAUGCAGGGGACAUCAUAAGAAAGUUUGUCUCUUGUAUUAGUCAUUCAGCUUAAAUUAAGACCACUCUUGAAAUACGACAAAAUCAAGUUUUUUAUUUUUUUUUUAUAAAAAAACUUGGCGUUCAUAGCCAAUAUGAGUCCCGAAAUAGACGCAUACCUAUGUAUUUCCUGAAAACUACACAUACAAAGUUUUAAGACUCCUGAACGUUCAAUAUUCUUGAGUGUCUGUCUCUUGACUGGUCUACAGCCAGACUUUGACACAUUGUAUUCACUUUCUAAACUACUGAAAUAUUCAGCCCUAUUUAAGCGAUCCAAAAUCUCACAUUUUACUUUAAUUUGUCCUAUGACAAAAUUACUAGGUGGGUGUAUGUAAUAUUAGUGUGUUUGAUAAUGUUUAUUUCUGACUCUUAUCCUCUACAAUGUUUCUAUUUGAUGUAAAAAAAAACUUAAAAAACAUUAGCUCCAUAACUCAACUCUAAGGGACCGCUUUUUUAUUUUAUUUUCUCAAUUAAUUAACAAUGGAAACAAUUUUUUUAUUUUGAAAUUACACAUAAUUUAUGCAAUUUCUUCACUAAAAAUCCAUUCUUAGCCUAUUAAUGCAUGGUCUUGAAUAAAUAAAUAAUAAAUAAUCAUCAAUGCAGUUACAUCCAAGCAAUUGAAGUUGCUUCUAAUCACUUAAGAAGUAAUUCUAGUAAAUCUAGAUUCAAAUUGACAUCUAAUAGUUUUGAAAUUAUUUUUAUCAAUUAAAAUUAUUAAUGUUAAUCUGAAUUGAAAUCUAAGUUUUCUACUAAUAUAUCUCAUCAAUUUUUUCUCCAAAUGUCAACAAUUUAUAUUUUAUGCUUGAUGGAACUCAAAGAAACAUUCCGGAUGGAGUUGAAGAUUGCAUUUCUAACAUGAGUAAAUUGUUAAGUUUUCACGUAAUACACACACUUAUAUUAUUCUGAAUAAUGUACACAUUUCAUCUGGAAUUGCAGAAGGUAUGUUAGAACCUAACCACCUAUAUAAUACCCACCAUAAAAUCAUUUAUGAUCCAAAAAAAAUGAACCAAUCCUUUUUUGGCCCUUAUUCCAAUCCUAUAUGUGGGUAUUAAUUGGCCGACCAAAUCGAUUACUCCCUCAUUUGAAUCCAGAUUUUUUUUAGAAUAUCUAUUCGCGGAUUUUUGGGGUACUAGACACAGUUUAUCAAAAUUGUAACGACAUUAUUGUCAUUUUAUCAAACCAAAUUCAAUUUCCCAUUGAAAAUCAUUUGACAUUUACUCCAUACUUUUCAAGAAAAUAAAUGUUUAUCCUGUAGAUUUCUAUAAUUUACUCAAUAGUACCCUACUCAAGUAGGGUAAUACGCCCCAAAAUUCAAAUAUGAUCCAACAACUCAAUUUUUUCUUAAGAUUUAUUUAGGACAAAGUCAUAACACAUAACACUUUAUUGUUUCAUAAUAACCAGGCUUGGUAGGAAUUUAACAUUAACUAAAAAACAAUACAUUUAUAUGAAAUGCUUUAGUAGGGCGUAGUCGACAAAUUAUUAGAAAAUUCAGCAUUAUAUUUCUAAUUCUUAUUUUCGGCACGUUUUUUCUUACGGUCAGAUCUGUUGCACAUAUAAGCAUAUAAAUUACAGCUUCCGUGCAACCACUUACUGCAAAUUAUGCACCGAAUCCCAUCAUCCUUGGAUUUAGUUGAUAUCUCAUAUCUCAUUGAUUCGCAAUACAUAUUCACUGAUGAAUCGGAACAGAAAGAAUAACAGACCUUCUUAUUUUUCGCAGAAGAUUUCAGACCCUUCUUCCCUCGCAGUGGUCGUUAAGCUUUGAAACCAGAUGAAACAGGUAAACGCAGAUCUCGUUCCAAAACAUCAUCCACUUUAGUUGUCUUCUUAUGAGAUAGGACUUAACAAUUGACUUUAUGUUCAGGUGAUUCAAGGAUUGUGGUAGACUGCUUUCCCCUAGAUGUAUUGGUCGGUAUGGUUAGAAUAGGAUUAAGUUCUCUAAUAUAUUUGGAUAGAGUGUCCUUUUCUUUUGGUUUAGAUGUUUGGUCCUUUUCUUUUGAGUCAGGUGUCGAUUUAGGUAUUGGAUCCUUUUUUUGCCAUUUAAGGUCUACUGUAUCAUAAACUCCCACUUCAGCUGCAUUAGAUAUAUCGAAGAAAUGGUCUGGAAUAAUUGAUGGAUAAUAUAUACUGGAUAUAUUCCAGUUGCCUUGAAUCCCGCGACACCAUUACAGCAGCUGCCUUACCCUAAACCUAUCCUAUCAAAGGAGAAACGUUGCGUCUGUUAAGUUUCCUUUCUCUAUGACUGAGCAUCCAGGCCUUUGCCUCUUGCGCAUAGUACUUUCUAAAGGGCUUAACGAAAGGCUUAUCAAGAGGAUGGUACUGCUUGCGUUGUAUGAUUCGGGAGACAUAAAAGUACAACGUCGUUUUGCGUGGCCACAUAAUACCUUAUAAGAUAACUCUCCGAUUCAGUCAUCUAGGCAAAGAGACAUCAGAAAGUAAUUAAUCGUUUUUCAAACAAUGCAACCAAAGAAACGAUUUUGAAGACACCGAAGCAAUAGAAACAAAAGUUUUAAGAACAUUCACAAUAGAGGAGCUCCAUUAAAAAAUCAUUGGUUAUAGCUAUUCUUGAGUCAACAAUGAUUUUUAAUAUUAUCAUGUUCCUAGAAUUGUAGUUGUUCGUGGAAGAAUGCAUACUUAAAUCAUUAAAUUAUUUUAAUACCAACUGAUGGAGCUCGAAGUAUGUCAGGAAAAAUAGAGGGGCAACAACAAUUCUUCAUAGCAAAAUAAACCACGAAACUCAUUACAUAAUUCAUUAAGAAGCGCUUUGUGUCCAAAUAUUUCCGACAAAAAUAAUUGAGGUUAUGAAUUUGGUAAUCAAAAUUGUUCUUCUUCAUAAUAAAGUGCGGUGGCUUUUCAAACUGUUCAACGUUUAGCUUUGUAUUUGAAUAAAAUAAAUACAUUCCCCAAUGAAAAAGGCAUUAAUCAUCUUGAAUUAAAUCGCAAAAAUUUAUCUUUAAGGUGGAUAUCAGCGAAAUUAAAUGAAUAGAAAGGAAAGGGCUAUGUUUUGGUAGAUGAAUUGGUUUAUUUUGAAGAAAAAUCAAAUCUUUUUGCAUAAGAUAUUAAAUUACUUAUUUUUCAAGUUUUAAAACGAUUUCACGUGCAAAUAGUAACUAAAUCUACAUUGAGCCAUUUCGAAAUCAAAUUGGAUUUCCAGAAAUGCAUUUCAUCGAUUUAUCAAGUAAAGCUUUGUAGACUGGAAAAUCUACACAGUCGAAAAGCAAGUUAGAAGAGUUGGAGCUCCAGAAAUUUAUGUACGUAACGCAACAAAAGUGGACAGCUGUGAGAGAAAUGUCGCGAGUUGAGGCUGUAAUAUUCGAUGCAUGGAAUAGUCUUCCAGAUUGCUACGUGGAGGUGAAGGAAUUGGUAUUUGAAGUGCUGACUAUCUUCAGAUCGACAUAUUCGUGCGAGCAAGUUUUCUAGUGCAAAGAACAAGUUAGGAGCCAAAUUUAGUCAAACUUUGUAAAACCAUGCAAAGUAAACGCUCCCAUUAAAUUUGUUUAAUCAAAUUUAUAUUAUAGUUUUUUUUUAUUUUAAAUUCAAGCUACAUUAUUUAGUGAAGUUUAUAUUUUCUACUUGAAUAACCAUACAAGGCAAUAAUCGGUCCCAUUGUCCAAUUGUUUGUUAUUGAAGCUCAAGCUUGAGUUGUGAGUAAAUGUUAUUCUAUUUAUUUCACUUAAAUGAUGGUUUUUUGAAAGUUUAAAUUUUUAUAAAUUUUUGUAAAUUUUGGCUCUCCUGACUCAAAAGAUUGCGAACUUGCUAUAAACUGUUUCUUUCCUACUUGACCUAAUGAACACCUUUACCAUUACCUAGAAUUAUACCAUUUUUGUGACCAGCUGAGUUUAUGAUUUUACAACGCCACAGAAAACUUCCGCUACAACGAAUGAAUUGUUGUUCGGCAUUUUCGGCAAGUUUUGGUAGAAGAAUUGGUUUGUUUUGAAGAAAAAUUGAAUCUUUUUGCAAGAGAUAUUUAGAGCAUCAAAUUACUUAUUUUUCAAUUUUCUAAGCAAAUUCCCGAUAAAGUAAGUACAAAUAAUAACAAAAAGUAAAGCUUUGUGGAGUGGAAAAUUUACAUAAAUUUUAGGUUCUAUAUCAAAAAUUUUCAUUCAAAUAUUUAUAAAGAAUAUUACAUUAUUAUUUUUCAAUAAUUAUUUCUCAUACCAAACUAAGAACAAUAAUUAUAAUCUAUACUAGAGAGAAGAAAUCGAAUUUUUUUUGAAAAUGAAGUCUCCUUCAUUAACAUUACAAAUAUUGUUUCAACAAUACAAAUCAUUCAGAAAGAAAAAUCAACAAUUGUCCGUAAAAACUGGAGAUUUCCUAUUUUAUCUAUGCAUUUACGUCCCUUCAAUAUUUCUAUGAAAAUAAACGAAACAACUGUAAAAUAAAUAUAUGAUGAUUAAGCAAAAUGAAACUAUCCACCUUAGGGCAUUGGCGUUGGUAGAUUAUCUGGUAAGAUUUCCAUAUCAUGCCGGCGUGGAUGUAGAUAUGUAGGUUGGGCGCAGGUGAAGACUUAAAAUAUACCACCAUUCAUUACGGAAAUGGAAAGAAGUGGAUUUGUGAAAAAGUGAAUCUACGCUGCAAUUUGUCAAAGAAACCUAAACUAACUUAAAAAUGGUUUCCUGUUAUUCACAAUCUCACAAUUUAUACAAAUCUAUAAUCCCACAAGUCUUGGAGCUUAUCUAUUUAAUGUUUCAUGCCCCAACGUCUCCUAUGGAAGUAUUCACACAUUGGUCGUCGUGAAGCUUCAAUUAUUUGAUUGUUUAUGCAAUGUCAAGUACCCUUUAUCAAUUUGGCUAUGUAUGUGUUAGUUAAUAUUACAUGAUCAAUAUAAUUUUAUUCAUUUUUCGGUUUUUGCGAGCUAAGAACACUUAUUUGUAUUAUAUGGUAUUAUUAACGGGUGUGAUAAGUCCAGAGUACAUUAUAAUGGCCAAAAAAUCACAUUGGCAUAGUUCCGCCUCCAGUUGUUUUUGCAAUUUUAUAUUCUUUAUUUAGAGCACCCACCCCCACCCCAUACCAAACCUUACUAGCAUCUGUCACCGUUAUGAUACGGAAGUCUAGCCGAUUAUCAAAAUAAAUAUCUUUAAAUUUAAUGAAGACUUUGUAUUGUCAGUAGUUGAAACAACAAAAAAGUUCAAGAAAAGAAACCAUUAUUAAAUUAAAUAUCUCGCCGCUUUUUUGUCAUUUUUAAUAAUAAAAAUCUUCAUAUUUCCUUUGUAUUUGAUUUUUUUCAAGAAUAUAUAAAUUUUGAAAACAAAUUUAUGUUUUUGUGGUACUUAAUUAUUUGUUAAUGUUGUUUUAUAUCGUAAUGAUGACAUUUCCAUCUAUUUUUAGAAUAUUGUGAUAUUUUUCAUAUGUCAGCAGUAUCCCAAUUCUUACAAAAGAAUUCGACUAAAAUCAAAUUGUCAAUUGCUUCUUUUCUCUGUAAUAAAAUUCAAAUAUUUGCUAUUAAAUAGUACGUAAAGAUCUUAAUUAAAAUCACAACAAAUUGUAUCCAGAUAUUCAUGUAGCGGUUUAUCGUGGAUAAUAUUUUAACAAAGAUCAAAAUUGAGUAGAGUUUCAACUAAAUUUUAUCAUAAAAAAACACGUUAUUCAUUAAAAUAAUUAAUAACAUAUACUCAAUAGAUCUUAGGGUCAUUUUUUUUAUGAAAUGAAAUGAAAUUAAUGACAUACAACUACAACAUUCACUUUUCUUUAUUCAGUUUUUGAGAAAACAGAUUUUUCAUUACUUUAUUACUUUUUAUUAAACUUUUCUACUCUUCGACGAAUAAGAACUUUCUAAUUUAUAUUUCAAAAGUAUAUAUAUUUUCCAUAUGAGAUUAAAAAAACAAGUAAAAUUCACUGAUAGGAUGCACACACCAAUCUAUUACGUUACACACCUUUGUAUAAGCGUAAAAAUACAAUAUAUGUGAAUAUAAUAAUUAUUGCUAUGCAUCUGGAGCUAUAUGUGCACUUUUUUACUUAUAGGCUAGUUUAUAUUUAAUUUUGUAUCUUUUUUUAUGCUGGUAUAAACAUGUUAUAGAAUAGUAAUAACAUUUCUUAUCAUUACUGUUCGCGGAUAUAAAAUAUUUUUGACAUGGAUAUCUUUUAUAUAUCCCCGUGGAAAUGUAAUUAAAAUAUACGAAAAAUUACCAAACGAUGGGUUGAAAAAAUAAUUAAUAGAUUUGAGACUUACAAAAUUAUUUCACAAAUUUAUAGGCAGAAAACCAUAUUUGUUUCAUGUAUGUAAAUGAAUCUUGUACACAUAAAAAAUUACUGAAAAUAAUAUUUCAAUUUAAAACUGUCAUAAUAUAUAUCUUACCUUUUUCGAGUUAUUUCACGUUUUCUUUUCUCUUUCUUCCAUCAACCUCCAAAUGAUUUAGAAAUGUCUUUUCAAAAACCCAUUUUUUUAAUUAUUUUCUUGUGAUCACUGUUUAUUGAACAAGAAUUUAUUUUGCAAGCAAUGUUCAAUCAAAUUUUAAUAAUACCCUGCUAUUAUGGGAAGUUUCUUCUAAGUCGCUUUCCUUGUAUCUUUAUUUUUGCUAAAUGUUUGUUGUGCAUUUUCUUUCUUCUUCAGUUUUCUGCGGUUCAUAACCGUUAAAUUUACUUGAAUAUUGUAUACAUACAUUCAUAUAUCGUGAAUAUUUAAAAAUGUUCGAUUCAUUUCAAUCAAAUUUACAAAAAUCAAUUGAGAAAAUAUUCUGACAUUUUUUGACACCACCCAAUGCGUUAUGAAACAAUAACUUGAUCAGUUAUGAUUCUCAAAUAUUAAAGUUUUGAUAAGAAAUGUUAGGAAACAACGUAAAUUUUUUUCAAUAUAGUACUAUGAUUUGUGUUUUACAUUUACUGCAACCAGUUUUUGGUUUUCCUUUUCAAAAUAAAAUUUGAUGUGUUUCUCAUUCAACAGUAAACUUUCAUUUUUCAAAAAUAUCGCUCAGUUACUGGAAUAAUAAUGUAAUUUUUUAUGAUUGCAGAAAAUAUUUAUAUUUGAUAAUUUAACCAUCAAAUUCGAAUGUUAUAUUGGAAUAUCACUUAGUUUAUCAGAAGAAACUUUAGUACUAGUCCAGUCAUUAUAGGGGGUUGACCUCGGAAAAUCGACAUACCCAAUAUAUUACCACGUAAAAACUUGUUUUUUGGCAUCCUAACAGUAUUCUCAAAAUUCCCAUAUAAUUUGAUAGUCGCAAGGUUUAAAGUCAGUAGUCAAUGGUCACAAAAAUCGAUUUUUUUUACAUUUGUUGCAAAUAUCUCGUCUUCUAUGAGUUUUAUUAUGUUUGUAUUCAUUAUUAAUAUUAUAGAGAAUUUAAUUCAAACUUUUGUAUUCAACAUUUUUUUAUACCAUGAACUAUUUUCGAGAUAUAGAGCGUAGAGCACGCGGUCCGAGAAUUAUCUAAGUAGUUCCGAUGAAAAACUAAUAUCAAUGUUAUAAUUAAUUGCUAAAUAUAUAAUUAUCAUUUUUUAUCAACUUUCAGAUUCAAUCUUUCUUUCAAAUAAUUCUAAAAUUUAUUAAUUCACACUCAUAAUCUCUUUUGGGUAAUUGAAAAAUUACUAAGGGAUAUACUUGAAUUACAUUGUAAUUAUAUUCUCAUUUACACUAAUAGCAUUUGAAGUAGAAAAUAAUUAAGUGCAUCUUAUUUAAAAUCCAUAAACUUGCUGCAGCAUUUGAAGAAGAAAACUGUGCGAUUCUGAGAUUAUUAGUAGUUUAUAAUGUUUCGAAAUCUGGGGAUAGUAUCGAUGAUCUCCGUCAUGCACUAUACGUCAAGUCAUCAAAAUCGAAUAAACCUGUUCAGUUAUCAAAUAUUCUACCAACGAGUGAAGCAGCUUACCAAUAUUUCAAUCGAUUUUAGUAUCAAAUUCAAACUUAUUUAGGUCAUGAUGCAGAACCCCAGGAAUGGGAUUGGACAAUGCGUAACGAAUUCCUCGAACCUAUCAUGACUAUUUUACCACCUACGCCAGAUGAAUUACUCAAUGAAAUAUUCUGUAACUGGAAAAGUGGCUGAGGCUCAAUAUGUGGAUGCAGAAAAGCGGGGUUACAGUGCUCUUCAGCUUGCGGCCAGUGUAAGGGACAAGCUCGACUCAAUGCUAUAUUAUAUCAGACCGAUAUUAAUGAUACCAGAAUCUUUGACCCAAAAAUCAAUCAAUCAAUGAAUUGGAGACAAAUGUCGUUGAAAAAGAUGAAGAGAAACUUGAAAUUCUGCGGCAGAGGGACGAUGACUACUAUGAUGAAGAAGAUCGAGAAGAAGAAGAAAAGAAUUGAAAUCAGAAGUUGUUCUCGAAAUUUUUAUCAAUUUUAACAAUAAUAAUUCUAUAAACCUUAAUAUUACAUGUUUUUGAUCGAGAUUACAAGUUGAUCUCAGCUAAUUAUCUGAAGACGCGCUCUACGCCCUCUAUCUUGAAAACAUUUCAAGAUAUAACAAAAUGUUGGAUACAAAAGUUGUAGUUAUUCUCUACGAUAUUGAUAAUAGCGUAAAACCCAUAUAAAACGAGAUAUUUGCAAAAAAUGUAAGAAAAAUCGAUUUUUGUGACCUCCGACCCCUAACUUUCAAACUUGCGAUCAUCCAAAUAUAUGUGAAUUUUGAUAAUAGUUUUAAGAUGCCAAAAUACAAGUUUUUACUUGCUAAUAUACUGGGCAUAUCGAGAUAUUCACCUAAUUUGGCCUAAGAUGACUGGACUAUACUGCCAAGUACAGAACGAAAUUGAGUUAUUGGGAGCAUGAAUUGCGUGAUAAAGUUGGGUUUAAUGCCGUUCUGAAUGAAAAUAGAUUUGUUUUUUUUUUUUUAUAUAUAACGUAAAGAUACUUUUCUGGACGAUAUAUACUUUUCUAAUUUAAGGUACAUUGAUUUAUGACGAAUAGAAACAGAAGUCAAAACAAGAUAGGAAAAUGAGAAACUCUUUCGGAAUACAUUCAUGGAAAAUUGAAUUGUAAAUUUAUAUCGGCAAUACCACUUAUAUGUCUUAUACUAGCUACAAUCGAUUACUACCAUACAGUAGGCUUCAACUAUGUUGCAUUAGCACGGACUGGAGAGAUCUUGUGUACAGAAAAGAUAGUGCCAAAAGCAUCGAAGAUAUAAGGCCGAAUUGUAGCUUCAAAAUCAGAUUAUGUCUAAAAAUAAGACACAGAAGCUUCAUAACGGUCAUAUGUGAAAUCAUUAAUGUUCUUCCAAAAAUGUAAUAAAUAGACCAAAAGGAAAAAAGAAUUUUCAAAAAACAAUUUGUGAUAAUGGCUCUUUAUGGUGAACGGUUUCCUUGGCUUGUAAAACGAUCUAAAAAUCUUCAUAUCUCCUAAACCAUAAAUUUUAUCGAGUUAAACAAAGAGUACGUUUUUGUUAAAAAAAUCGAUUGAAAAAUUCAUUUUUGCUAUGUUUAAAUUGUACAGAUUAUCCCUGUAAAAAUUACAGAUUAUUAACAAUUGGGCAUGAACAGCCCCUGGCCUUCAGAUAGUCGUAUAGAAUUAUUUAUUUCGUCAUACUACAUGAAUAUUCGUAAUCAUCCAUCAAAAAUUCAUAUGUUGGAUUUUAAAAUUUAGAAAAUAUAUGUUAUGAUUUCAUAACUUUCAAGGUCCAUAACUCAGGAACGAGGGGUCGUAUGAGUAAUUGUUUCUUAUGUCUCAGCAUUUUUUUCAUCUACUCACUCCCGAAUUUUUUGCAUCAAGUCCUGGAUAUAGUUUAUGCUAUAUUGUUUUGUAAAUUAUCGAAAAAAAUUGAUAAUUUACCACAAAAUAUAUUGAAUUUUUUUCUGUAUAAUAUAUUUUUUUAUCCGUUGGAAUAUGUUAAGAAAUAUCAAUAAUCAAUUCUAUUUUGGAUAAUCAAUAUCUGUUUUUCACAUCAUUUUCCAGUAACUAACUGAUAUAUUCAUAUAUGUAUAUACUAAAUUAUAUAAAUCUAUUAAUUUUGAUUUUAUAUUAUAUAUAAAUGUUGUAUACGUAAGAUAUGCAAGGUAUAUUUAUUUUAGUAUAAAAUUGUUAAGAAAAAUAUUCUCAGCUCCAUAUUUCAAUCACUUUAAUUAAUAUUUCGAAACAAAAAAUAAUUUGAGUUUGAGUAACAUAAUAUUAUAUUAUAUUUUUUGUGAAUGGGUCCAAAAUAUCCUACUCUAUUUAUAAUUUUAUUUCGAUGUAGUACAAAAAUUUUGUAUGGAAGCAUUCUAUUAAAAAAUUUCAUAUUAAUAUGAUUAGUAUGACCGUAAGUAAGUUGAUAUCUUUUUGCAUUAUCAAUUUACUGAAUGAGCCACAGCUCUAGAAUAAAAAGACUUAGAAUUUUAUCAUUUGAUGUUUUCAAAUAUAGAAACUGACAGACAUCCCCUUGAAAUUCAUGCAACCACUGAGAAAGCCUUUAUUGAAUGGAAUUCUCAUCCCGAAGCACUGUCAGAUUAUAUUUCUCCUCUUUUCAUAUUAUUACACGAAAAGUGUUAAAUCAUUUUUUAAGUAGGAGUUGAUUUACCGUACAGUUAAUUUGCCUUAAAAGAAAUCGUAUUUUAAGCUGAAUUUUUUCCAUCACAUUGUCUACAAGUAAAUAAUUCUAAUAAGCUAUUUUGUCCAGUACUUCACAUUAUGUGAAGGCUCGUUUCAUUGACAUUGUGGCUCCUUGAUCUAGCUUCAAUUCCACAAUAUGUGUGACAGGUUGCCAGAUGAAUGGUAGUGUCUUUUCCGCAUCAAUCAUUAGCAGGUCUAAAAAUUUCAACUUAAUACUAUUCAAAAUUUUGUGUCUUCAGUUGUUAUCAAUCGGAAUUCAUCUGAACUGUAUGGCAGGCAGUGAAAGGAGAAAACCCAAUGAUGUAUAAUUCAUUCCGUCUUCUUCAUUCUUAGACUUUUUAUAUUUGUCGCAUAUUAUAUAAUACAGGUGACUGACUCCUUAUAUAUAAGGUUGGGAAAGAAAAUAUUUUUCCAUUUAUUGAUAUAAAUUCCAAACGAUGAUCAUUGAUAUUUAUACCACUCUAAUUGAUAAAAUUUUGUAACUUUUCUAGUAGAAAUAAUUCCGUUACUGUAAAAAUUCUGUGACUCUUAGCAAAAACUGAACCUAGUGAUUUUUUCAAGCCACUUUUGAAGCCAGCUUCUCACCAUUAAGAGAAUUUUUGCAGGAAUCAGAAAAAAUUAUAGUCCACCAGAGUAAAAUCUUUAUAAUGGACGUAUCAAAACUUCCCAACUAAACUCCUUCAAUUUUUGAUAAAUCACUUAAGAUAUGUGUGUUGUCGUGUUGGAAGACGCUUUUCUUAGUAAUCAACAAACUAACGAUUUUAGUAACGCAGGAUUCCAACACAUCAUAUGUUGCUAAUAGAAAUUGGACUUACCUAUUGCUUUGACCAGGCUCUAGUAGCUUAUGAUAAACAAUACGCUUUCACCAAAGACAAGCGUCCACCUUCCUUCUCCUCAAAACUGGCAAUGCAACUGUUUUUGAAACUUCUCUAGGCUUCAGCAACAAUAUCUCUCGCACAUGCCACCUUUUGUCAUUUAUUCAAAAAAUUUCGUUUCAUAUCAGCGCGAUUUUAAAAAUGAAAACUCUGUCCAAUAAAUUUUCGACGUUAAUUCAUGUGGAGAUCAAGUGUCGAGCUUCUUUUAAGAUAUAAUUUUCCGUAAAUGUUUUAAAAUUUUCUUAUAUUCGUCGUUUAGCUCGAUGUCGUGGAAAUGAAAUAUGUUGGAGUUUUUUAACAGUUUGUCAACCAGUAUGAUAUUUAUCUUCAAGAUUGAAGUUUUUUGAAUGGAAUCUGGUAAUCAAAUUUUCUUUCUAGUAGAUUAUCUUUGUUACUCUCUCUUUAUUCAUUGCUCCAGAUGUUUGAGCCAUUGUAUUCAUUUAGUAUUUAUAACGUUUACCCUAAUUCUCCAUAUAGUUCCAUUCUUCAUUAAUCCACAUAAUUUUUCAGAAAUUUUCCUUGAAAAAUGAUAGGCAUUCUUUCAGACUUUGCGUAGUAGCUUCGACUAUAUAAUGGACAAUGGGUGACAUUAUUAUUUUAAAUAAUUCAUGUUUCAACUUCCUUGUUAGUAAAGAGGAUUUAAGCAAUUUAAUCAUUAAAAAUUAACAUUGAUUGCCAUCAGCCAAAUAUGCUUUUAUCUAGGAAUUCAAUUCAUUUCUUUCAGUAAUGAUUGAGCCAAGAUACUUAAAUUCAGUGACCCUUUCGAAACUGAGCUCAGUAUUCAUUGUAUCUGAGACCAUACUGUUUCCUCAGUUUUCUACAAUAUAUUUAGUUUUUUGUUGUUCAUUAAAAAUCCAAUUAUCUGUACGUCUUCUUCGAAAUCCUUGCAGCUUUCAAUUAAGUAUUUUUCUGUUGACAUCAUCAGCAAAUACAAAAGAUAGAAAUAGUAGUCUAUUGUACAUCACUUUGUCUUAACCAUCUGUUGAUUCUGAGUUCCUUGAGUUCAGUCCCUUCUUAUUAUUUUUUCAGGUGCUUUGAAAUUAUGUAAAAUAUAAAUAAAUAUAUUUAUACAAUCAUACGUUUGCUUAAAUCUAUAAAAAUUUUAUAUAGUUUGAUGUUUCGUUCAAUAAACUUCUCCAAGACAUUAAGACAUUUCAGAUACCUACCAAAAAUCUAAUUAAUCGUAUACAUCCAUCCAAGCAUCUUGUUUUUUUCAGCAUAGAGUUGUAAUUUAAUGGCUAGAAUCCUUGAGAAUACUUUGGAAGCGGUAGGUAAAAGUGAAAUCCCAUGGUAAUUCUACAAUUCAUGUCUCCUUUUGAUUUACAAGACAAAUAAGUGCAUUUUGCUGUUCAUUUGGCAUUAACGCUUGAAACCACACAUUAUACUAAAAGACGUUUAACAUCCUUGUAUAAUAACUAAGUCUUCUCCUAGUGACUUUCAAUUUAUUGAAGCUUCUUUUAUCAUAAGCUCAAACACUUAUCACCACUAUUCAAUUUUAGAUUAAAAUUUUUCUCUUCGUAGUAAAGUGAAGAAACAAAAUGUGACGACUGGAUUGUCAAGUAAUAUUUGAAUGAGAACGACGCGACGUUACUUUGUACUGUAUUCUAUUGACUGUAAAACUGCUAAACAUCCUAUAGUAUGACAUUGAAUAAGUGUUAAUAGAUAUAGAAAACUUUAACGCCAUCUAUUUCAUAAUCUUAAUUAUUUUCAAUUAUUUGUAGAUACUAUAUAUUUCUUUUGUGUUUAUACAUUAAUUUCCAUUAUUGGUUAUUUAAACAGAUACUUAAUUUCGAACUAAAUACUUUUCAAUUCGAGAGCUGUAGUUUUGCUAUUCAAUAGAAUUCAAAUAUAAGAUACUCGGCAUUGUUACAAUUGAGAAACAUUCGAGCUUAAUAUUAAAAAUUUUUCAUAGACAAAAGCACUUUUCAUAAUGCUUCCUAUCAUUUUAUCAACUUUUACAUUUACGAAAUCUUUUGCUAUUUAUUAAUUGUGUAUGCUACAAAUAAUGUAUUAAUCUAAUUUCAUGCGAAUUUUUGUACCACAUGACUUUAAAAAUUAUCCUUUAAUUGUGAGCCUGCCAUAUAUACGUACCUACGCUAAUUUGUACAUAUAACCAAAUAGAAAGCUUUUAACAUAUUUCUACUCAUCUGUAUACACAGUAUUAAUGUAAAUAACUAAGUGUAUUUUCAAAUUUAAAAUUAACUAUGAAGCUAACUUUAUAUAAUAUAAGUAAGGGCUCGGUUUGAAAUUUUUUUAUAAAAAUUUCAAAAGGGCUUUAAAUGUGAUGCAGAUUGUGAGUAAUAGAACUCUAUGUCUAUUUAGAGAUGAUUAUUUUUGUUAUUGCGGAAAAAUUUGCUUUUAUCUGUUAUAGUUUAGUAUUCCUAAAAACUUAGAGCAAAUUUAUCACUGGACAACUAAUUAAAACAUUAUUUUCAUUGUCACUAUAUAUACUAUUAGUUAUUUUAAUCAAUAAUGGUUUCAUUGAUUCUUUGUAAUAUAUCAUUAAAUAUAGUAUCGGAAAAAAAUUACCAAACAUUGGAAUUUAAAUGUAAUCUAACUCAUUUCUAAUUUACCAGUGUAAAUUUAAAUAGUUCGUUGCAAUGAAUUAUAAUGAACUUAACUGCACCACUAAAUUCCCAUUCCAUUAUUAGAGUACCCUACUUAUUACUUAAUUUAUCAAUAUUAUAACAAGAGAAGUUCAGUUUAAAAAAUGAGAAUUUUUAACGUUUAUUCACUGAAUCAUUUGAUAAUAAAUAGCCUCUCUCUAUUUAUUAUGAAAUUAUUCGUGGAAUUUCUUUUGAAUGGGAUAGAGAAAUUUUUUAUGUAAUUGUGAGAGAUACUUUAGGUUUGGCCCUGAUAUAAGAAAAACUUUCCUCUGCAGAACGAUGAACAAGGGGGUUUAGGAAAGGGUUUUACCUAAUGGCGAUGAGGGAGUUGUCAAGAAAGGCAAGGUAAUCUUCGUAAGCCAUCGCUAGUAGCCGAAAAGGGGAUUAGGAAAUUUUCUGAUAGGCUUUGAGGAAAGGGGCCGCCUAGUACUGAUCUAGCUGGGAAUGUGUAAAAAGGCGAUUCAAGUAACGGGCUUGUAGGUCAUUUAAACAGAUUUAGACAGUGUUACUGGGGCUAAAUCAGCACUUGUAUAGACUGCCCCUCAGAAUGACUCAUAGUAAAUAAAUAAAAACAUUGAUAGGACUUCUUGCCAUAAUAGUGGUCUGAAGUAGAUUCUUAAAAAAUGAUCUCUGAAACUCUGGCAACUCGAAUUAUAUAAGAUUAGUGAAAUGCUAGGAAUACAUUCUUAAUAGUGGCCUUGUUAAACAUACAAUUGCAAUAGCAUGGGUCUUGGGGUACUUUUUGAAUUCGUAGAAAGCAGAAAUGUGGUAUCCAAGCAUAUAUUAGUACAAAAUAUAAACAAACUCUAACUUCACGGCAUCUUAAAGUAGAGGAUGGAGGCUAAGUGUUCACCUCAUAAAUUCAGACUUGAGAUAAUAUUACAAAAAAACAGCUAGAUUCUAAUAUAAUCGGCAAGUAACGCCCCGAUUCAAUUCUUAUUCAGUAAACCAACAAGAGAAAACAAAAAAAGGUCUGUUAAAAAAAAUAUUGAAAAUAUUGCCAUAAGCAACUUACGAAAAGCUAAAUUAAGACAAAGAAACUAGUCAAAAGUUUCCAGGAAGUGGCUAAAUACACUGUUAUCAGUUCUCAUGUAGAGCCCAGAUCCAUGGAUCCCAAUUAUAUAAGACCAGGCUUCAAACAAUAUACGAGGAUAGUCCAAUAAGUACUUACUACAAAAGAAAAAAUUUUUAUUUACAUUUUGAUGUUCAGGGUGGCCCAGAAGACACUUUGGCAUCAUAUUAUUUGACGUCGACAAUUGAUUCCACACUUUACUUCCAGUAACUUUUACUUUUUUCAUAGCAACCUAUAAAAAGGUUACUGGGUCUUUCGGCAAACCAAAACCCCUUUUUUACAUUUAAGAGGAAAAGGUGUCGUUCAAUUUACAAUAAAUCUUUCGAGCACACAGAACUUCUCUUUCUUACGAAUAUUUUUGAGUCCAAGAUCGUGAAUUCAUUGUCCAUAUACCCGGUCCUAGACUUUGAAACUCAUAUGGUUUCUUCUGAAAAAAUUGAAAACGCCGCGAUUUUUAUUCAUAUUAACGAUAUCCCGACACCGAACUUUAAUUUUUCAUUGACUUAUUUUUACAAUUCAUGAGGAUUGAGGACAAUAAUACGUUCAUAAAGCAUUUAAAACAAAGAAAUUGGAAUUUAUAGAGACAACAUUUGAAAAAAAGAAACAAGAGCUGAAAUGUAAAAAAUGAAAAAUAAAAUUCUUUUCCUGUAAACCAACACGAACCAGCAGGUAAUUAUUAAUGGAAAGUAAGCUAUAAACCUUCUAGUUAAUUUCUGUGGAGGUAGAUUUCCGAGCGAUUUUGACGAUUUUCGUUAUGAAUGUUUUCAACAAUUUACUACUUUAAGAUAAUUAAUUAUAUAGAACAUGAAGGUUAAUAAUAUUGUUUUAGCAUCAAUUAAUUUAUAAAUAUUUGCAGACGGUGUUGGAAUUCCAUAUCGGAUACAUUGUAAUUGUUGCAUUGAAGUGGUAAUGUGAAAAUUGUGUAAAUUCCAACCACAUUAUUUCCAUUAUCUCAAAACUUGUUUUUAUUUGUAUUCGUUUUGUAGCGGGUGUUUAAUCAACAAAAGUAACUGCUGAGAGUUAAUUUUAAGUUUACUUCUGCACCCCUUUUGAGUGUUACUUAUAAUAUCAACACACAAAUAUCAUUUUCUGUAUAAUAAAAUUCAUGUAAUAAACAAUGCUACAAAAAGCAAAUAAUCAUAAUCUUCCGAUCUUUUUAUGUGGGGUUGACUUUGUUCCAAUAUUUUUGUUCUACUUGUAAAAGAACUUGUAGUGGUGUAAUUUAUGUGGGGUAAUUUAUUAAAAUUAUAAAUGAAAUUCAUCAAUUUUUUUCUAACGAUCUCUAAAGGAUGCUGGGUGAAUUAUUGUUAUUUCUACAAUUAAUUUUGUAAUUUCCAAAUUAUAGAUGUUAUUUAUCCGAAAACUUCCUUGAAGUAUAUAAUUAAAUAACGCUUAAGAUCCUAUCUCAAUUUCUAUUUUAUAAGCUAAGUUGAGAGCAAAAUUAGGAAAUCUUGCAGGUUUUGAUUGAAAAACUGAUUCUUUAUUAAGCCCUAAAGGUUAGCUGCACUAUUUAUAUAAUUAAUUUCAGAUUAUUAACCAUUGAAGUUGCAUAAUCUCCCUCAUGAUUAAUAUAUUCACAACUUAUGUGAAAUAAACAUUUAAAUAUAAAACUCAAUCUACUAAUAUUCCUUUUAAAAAUAGUUAUUUGUGAUACAGAUGCAUAAAGUGAUAGUUUUGCGCACGACCCGCGAAAAUGAAAGGCACAAGCAAGGCGAGUACUUUAGGCACGAGUUUCAUACAAUAUUUUAUCUAAGUUCUCAUUGAAAAAUACUUUCAUGAAAUGUAUUUAUAUCAAUGUUUAAAUUUAAAUUUAUUCUAGUUUUCAACAUUGCAUAAUGGGACCAUAGUAUUGAUGAUUUCCUUUCCCACUGGCUUGACUUUUUCGAGAAAUAUGCAAUACGAAAAUUUCCUGUGUAAUUUUUGAUAUUUUUAUUGUUACACCAAUCUAAAAAAUCUCCGACUUCAUGUAUAUUUUUCUUGACUUUUUCGGAAGCAGAUUUUGAUUUAUAUUUUCCCGCAAUUUUCACAAUUUUAGGAGGUGUGCAAUCAGAUUCUUCUUCUAUCUUUAUUCAGCUUAACAAUCAAAGUUUUAUCAAAAUUUGAAAAACAUUUUGCAAAAUGACGAUGACGCUUCAUACUUCUUGAUAACUUGAUAUACAAAUAAAAAAAUAUUAUAAUGAUUAUCCCAAUUAAAAAGCAUUGUUCUGUUUCGCACGGUUUUAGACAUAUGUUUAAUAUAUAAUUUAUAUAUAUAAUGAGUUUUUAAAUACUUAAUUUUAAUGGUGGUCGUAGAUAAAUUACAUAUUAUAAUGCAGUUACUACUAUUUUGAUUCAUCUACUGUACCAUUCACUCCAACCAGCUCUGUUACAAAAAAUUACAUACAAUAGGCCUAAUAUUGUUAUUAUUUGAAUUCUUUGAUACUAUCACAUUGCAUUUAUUAUAGAAACAUAAUAUUUGUGUUGUUAUUAUCAUCAACUACCCCUGUAGCAGUGGACUAGUAAACUUAAAAUAAAAUUCAAACGACCUCGUUGUAUAAAUUUAAUUCGGUAAUUAUCUAGAUUAGGUUACACCCCUCCGAUUUCUUUAAAAUUUUAGUAUGUUAUAGAGAAAAGUUCCAGGAAAAGAAAAAUAAUUUAUACGUCAUAGUCUAACCUAACCACUAAUUUUAACUAAGAAUAUUGAUAGAAUAUUAAUCAAUAAAUAGCAAUAUACAAAAAUUCAUAGAAUUUUAUUUUUUCAUGGUCAUAGACGAUUCAAAACAUACAAAUUUUGAUAGAUUUACUAACGAUAGUCGUAUGUAAACAAACUAGACUAAAUUCUCUACAAAUUUUAUGACACAUGUUGUCAUCAUUAGGUAAUGAAGACAUGCGAAGCUAAACUAUGAUGUAUAAUUUAUUUUUCUUUUUCUGAAAGUUGAAAAAUUAUGUAAAGGGAUGAUUUCCGCGCCCUAUAUAUCAAAUUUUUCAGCAUAGUUUCCUCUAUAACAUACUAAAAUUUUAACGAAAUCGGAGGGAUGUAACCCAAUCUAGAUAAUUACCUUCAAUUCUCCAAUACAACGUGUUACCUCAACACACUGUUUACUGCUACCUCUACAUUACACUACAUUAUCUUCUUCAGAGACCGAAAGGUCAUUCUUUAUCUUUGGUCUCUGAAGAUAAUAACUUAUAACCAUAGACAGUAGACAGUGUAAUUGUGAGUGUUGGUGUUAUGGUAGUGUAAACAGUGUGUUCAGUAUAAAUAUUACCAAUGGUCCCAGAAAUUCUAAUGCGUAUUACCUCUACUAGAGAUAAAAGUAUUAUUGAGAUAGUUAAAUAUGACCACAACAGCAAAUACUUUAAUUUAUGAAAAUCGACGAUAGUAUAUUUAGAGACAAGCCAAAAUUAUAUUAAAAACUUUAGAAAUGAUAUUCAGUGUUUUCUUCACUUUUACACAAAUAACUUCCAAUAUUAUUCAAUACGAUAUUAAUUGCACUAUCAAGAUUUUUCAAAAUGACUCAUCGUUUAUUGAUAAAACUCUUAUAUGUACUAUUGGUGUGAUUUGUAGUAGAUACAAAUGCACUGAUUGAUAUCAAAAUUCGAAAAUCCAGUGAUAAAUAUAUAAUUAGACUAUUUCAGUUUGAAUACCUUUGUAUGACGAAGGUAGGUGAGUGUUUCCCUUCAAAAGCUACAUUAUUGUGAACUAAAUGUUAGUCACUGAAUGUGGUAAACAUGAAUCUGAAGCGAGUUUUAGUGUCCAAAGAACUUAUAAAGAGUGCCGGAAUUGGAUAUGAUAUAUUUGUACAAUGCAGAAUUUGGAUGUGUGACAUAAUGGA